ACGACCUAUCGCCACGACAUCACAACCCCGAGAUUAUGACCACCAACAACACAAUUCUGAUCACGGCGGGACCUUAUCAGUUUCUCGCCAUUUUCGAGAAUGACGCCCCCGACACAGCCGCAGUGUUCCGAGCCCUGCUACCUUACCGUCAGAAGAUCAUCCAUGUUCGAUGGAGUGGUGAAGCAGUCUGGAUACCACUUGGCGAUGCAGACUUCAAGCUCGGAUUUGAAAAUCAUACCGCGCACCCUGCCGCAGGCCAGAUAUUGUUUUAUCCGGGUGGAUUCUCCGAAACCGAGCUCCUGUUCUGCUAUGGGAAUGUCGCAUUUGCAAGCAAGAUGGGCGCUCUCGCAGCUAAUCACUUCUUGACCGUCACGGACGGGGCGGAAGACUUGAAAGCAUUGGGAAAGCUGGUUCUAUGGGAGGGAGCUCAAGAUGUUGUUUUUGAGCUAGCGGAUCAAGCGAGGGUAGAAGAGUUCCGGAAAACUCGGAAAGCGGCGUUGACAAGAUCGAAAUUGUGAUGGCCAUGGGUGCGGCGGCUCAAUUGAGGCAUUGCACUAUGUGAGGGUCCCAGCAGACUGUGUAUCAUUUUACAUAUUCCAAUCAACGUUCGCAGUAUUCGUGAAGUCGAAUAAGCCGCCUGGCCACUCGAACCCGGACUCGUGAAUCAAACCGAGCAUCGACUGCAUGUCCGCUUGCGGCC